CAAAGUGGGAAUGCCGAUAUCAUGCAACCCGGCUUGUUGUCGCUACAGCCGAGUCUUGAAGAGAUCAUGGCCAGUCUUGACCGCUACGAAGAUGAACCGAGCUCGUCUUCACGUGAUGGUGUGAUGUCUAACGUGCCGCAGCCAGCAACUCAGUCAAUGAUUGACGCUCCACAAACGAAUGUGCAAACAAUACAUCCGAUGUCGAUGCCACCUCAAACUCAUAUGUCCAUGUCUUCACAACAACAUCGACCGGUUCUCGUAGGAAAUCGUGGCGGUUCGACGUCAGUACCGAGACAAGCACAAGAUUACGCUGUGGCCAGCAUGUUGGUAGACUAUAGGUAG